AAGGUCUUCUGGGUUGGGAUUAAAACAGAUAUUUCUCCAUUUGGGGUUGGGGGUCCAGGAGAGUCUGUAUAUUGAGUUACAGCAGUUUGUGUGUGCGUGGGAAUGGUGUGGACUGACUAAAAGCAAGCACUGGACUUCCACUUGUGUCAGUGCCUACCUUGACACACACACACACACCCACAUCCACACACACACGCCACCCUCCCUCUCACCUUCAUCCCAAGCAAGCCCUCGCCAUUGGCCAGGUCCCCUGAACCCUCAACGCCACCAGCGCAGCAGCCAGGCGCAUUUGGGAGAGCAGGAGAGAGAGGGUGGAUGAUGAAGACCUUGGUGUGCCUGGUGUUGGGACUCUGUGUCCUGAGGGCGGAGGCAGCUGGGCUCUCCAGACAUGUGCGGCAGGUGGAGCCGGACACGUAUGACUCUGCUAGCUAUGACGUAGAUCAGGAAAACUUGACCUCGGAGGGGCAGGACUUCUACAGCUACAUCGAUGAACUGCCGACUGAUGAGCUGCAGAUAGAGCUUGAUGCGCUGGCCCCCCUGGUGGACAGUUACUUAGCCUCCACCGCCUCCCUGGAGGAAGAGGAUGAGCAGCUUCCUCCCAUGCCCUUUUCCUCCAGCGGCUCCAGCGCAUCCAGCGGCUCCAGUGCACUCAGCGCACCAAUAACAUUCAGCGGCUCCGGCACACCAAUCGCAUUCAGCGGCUCCAGCGAAGCUAGCGCAUCCAGCGGCUCCAGUGCACUCGGCGGACCAAUCACAUUCAGCGGCUCUGGCAUACCAAUCACAUUCAGCGGUUCCAGCGCACAAAUCGCAUUUAGCGGCUCCAGCGAAGCUAGCGCAUCCAGCGGCUCCAGUGCACUCGGUGGACCAAUCAUAUUCAGCGGCUCCAGCGCCUCCGGAGAAUCUGGGGACCUGAUGGGCCCUGACACUCAGGACGGUCUGCCAACCUGUCUGCUCUGUACCUGCCUGGGGGGGUCUGUGUAUUGUGAUGACGUGAAGCUGAAGAGCGUGCCCCCCCUCCCCAAAGAAACCACUCACUUCUACGCUCGCUACAACAAGAUAACCAAGAUCAACAAAUCCGACUUUGCUCAUAUGAACAACCUGAAGAGGAUUGAUCUGACUAAUAACCAGAUCUCGGUGAUUGAUGAGGAUGCCCUCUUCGGCCUGCCCGCCCUGGACGAGCUCUUGGUGAGGGAGAACAGCCUGGCACAGCUGCCCGCUCUCCCUGCCACCAUGAACCUCAUCGACGCCAGCCACAACCGUCUGGGCAGCAAGGGCAUCCAGAACGAGGCCUUCAAGGACAUGCAAAACCUGAUGUAUCUCUACCUGACUGACAAUGACAUCACCUACAUCCCUGUGCCACUACCGGACAGUCUGCGUUCACUGCAUCUACAGAACAACAACAUCCAGAUGAUGCACGAGGACACUUUCUGCAACAUGAAAGAUUUUAAUUACAUUCGCAAUGCCCUGGAGGACAUCAGACUGGAUGGCAAUCCCAUCAACCUUAGCAAGACUCCACAGGCCUACAUCUGCCUGCCUCGUGUUCCUAUAGGCAACCUAAUUUAAGCACACACACACACGCACGCACAAACACACACACAUGCCCACACACCUACACACACCCAUGCCCCCACACACACACGUGCACGCAAGCAAACACACAACCCCCCACACACGCAAAUACACAUGCACACACACACGCAUAUAUCCACACACACAUUCACACACACAAACACACACACCCCACACACACACACGAACACACAAUGCACACUUACACACACAAACAUACACACGCAUGCAUACUGUACACACUCACUCACAACACACUAGCAAUACUGUCAUGCUCAGCUACAGUCCAGUUACUUGCCGAUUGGAGGACGCCAUUUACAGACACGGAGACUGUCACUAAACCAGUCCUCCCCAGUCCCAAACACACAGGGGAAAAGAGACGCAUCGGCUUACACCUUUUUUAUUUUACUCCUCAAACGAGACAUUAGUGUUGUUUUUCUUCCACUCACAAUCCCUCCGAUCACCACAUUGUUCUGGAGGUCAUUUCACAAUUCACACAAACAUUUAGAAAAAUCUAGAUAACAGCGGGACAAAAAUGACCAGCUACUGACCCAAACUGAAUGGCUGACGCAAUAAAAGAAGCAUUUAUACACAAGCAACAGUUGUAAAGUCUGUAAUAUAAAAUAUAUAUUGGGAAAUUUUUACAGGAGCUGCAAUAUUUGGUAUAUUACAAAGAAAAGUGUUAUUUUGAGCAUAUACUGUGCUUUGAUGAGCCAAAGCUAUUGUAUGACUCAGUGGUGGGGUAUGGUUGGGGUUAAGCCUAUGGCCUAUCUGUGAUUUGUACUGAAAUACCACAUUUGAAUAAAGAAGUUUAAACGACCUCUCCAGAACAGAAA